AGGCUCGUGCUUCUCGCUGCUCGGAGUGGGCGUCGCAGCAUCUCCCUCCUGCGGCGCGUCCCCGAGUCCACCGUGAACGACGCCCGCUUCAGUCGUGAAAUUUUCCACGUUCGAACAUGACGGAAGGCUCCGCUAGCAAGACGUUCAACGGGGACGCCUGUCACCGGACGUCGAACGGCAAAACACCCGGGAAAAAUGGCUACGCGAAGAGCCACUGCUUGUUCCGACAGCCGCAGAAGUAUCGCCGCCCCAGGGAGAAGAACCGAAAUAUCCCUCAUAACUCCAGCCUGUACAAGACGCCCUUCAUGGAGUCGUUUGAGGAGACGCCUCUAAUGGUGGCCGUGCUCACCUACAUGGGCUACGGCAUCCUCACUAUCUUCGGCUACCUCAGAGACUUCCUCCGCCAUUGGAACAUUGAGAAGUGCCACGUGGCCCGGGAGAGAGAGGAGCAGAAGGAUUUUGUCCCACUCUAUCAGGACUUUGAGAACUUUUACACCAGGAACUUAUACAUGAGGAUCCGAGACAACUGGAACCGACCCAUCUGUAGCGUCCCGGGUGCCAAGAUGGACCUGGUGGAGAGGGUUUCCCACGACUACAAUUGGACCUUUGAGCACACGGGCAAAGUGGUGAAAGACGUCAUCAACAUGGGCUCAUACAAUUACCUCGGCUUCGCUGAAAACACUGGUGCUUGCGCCGAUGCUGCUAUUGAAGCCACACAAAAGUAUGGAGUUGGAGUGGGCAGUACUCGCUGUGAAAUGGGGAACCUGGACAUUCAUGAGGAGCUGGAGCAGUUGGUUGCCAGGUUCCUGGGUGUUGAGUCGUCCAUGGCGUUUGGUAUGGGCUUUGCGACCAACUCCAUGAACAUUCCUGCUCUCACUGGAAAGGGUUGUCUCAUCCUGAGUGACGAGCUGAAUCACGCGUCACUGGUGCUGGGAGCCCGUCUGUCUGGCUCUACAAUUCGGGUCUUCAAACACAACAACAUGCAAAGCCUGGAGAAGCUGCUGAGAGACGCCAUCGCACACGGGCAGCCGAGAACCCACCGACCCUGGAAGAAAAUCCUCAUUGUGGUGGAGGGAAUAUACAGUAUGGAGGGGUCCAUAGUGCGUCUGCCAGAGGUCAUUGCUCUGAAGAAGCGCUACAAGGCCUAUCUGUACCUGGAUGAGGCCCACAGCAUUGGGGCCCUAGGACCUAACGGCAGGGGAGUGGUGGACUACUUUGGCCUGGAUCCCAAAGAUGUGGACAUCAUGAUGGGAACAUUCACUAAGAGCUUUGGUGCUGCCGGUGGAUACAUCGGAGGCAAAAAGGAGCUUAUCGACUACCUGCGGGGCUAUUCUCACAGCGCCCUGUAUGCCACCUCCAUGUCCUCCCCCGUGGUCCAGCAAAUAAUCACUUCUAUGAAGAUCAUCAUGGGAGAGGAUGGGACCACACUAGGUGCUGAUCGCCUCAGGCAGCUCUCACAGAACACCACCUACUUCCGCAGGAAACUGCGUGACAUAGGCUUCAUCAUCUACGGAAACGAUGACUCGCCCGUCGUACCUAUGAUGCUAUACAUGCCUGCCAAAAUCGGGGCAUUUGGUCGGGAGAUGUUGAAGAGGAACAUCGGCACAGUGGUGGUCGGAUUCCCAGCAACACCCAUCAUCGAGUCGAGGGCACGCUUCUGCGUUUCAGCUGCUCAUACCAGAGAGAUGCUCGACACAGCGUUGGAGGCCAUCAGUGAAGUGGGUGACCUGCUGCAGAUCAAGUACUCCAGGCGAGAGCAGCUGCUUCCCUCUCUGGGGUGGAUGUCUGAGGAGAGCCUUCUGCAGGAUUGAGUCCCAUCAUGCCCUUCAGCCCUCCUUCCCAAAUUCUCCCCCUUUCCCUUACUUAACCUUUUCCUGUCCGAUAUUGUCCUCUAAACCACGCUCUCCACCACACGUCUCUACAUUUCUUCUGACUCUCGAGGACUCACCAGAACCAAAGUCUCCACUCUGCUGCAGCCAGUUUUCAAACCUGCACAUAGGCACCCCUGGUGUACCUGCCCAGCUUCCUCACCCUUAACAGAGGACAACCAAUAUCACCCGUAUCUUUCUGUGUCCGUUGUCACAAAGUUAGAUCUAACUUAUUGCGACUGCAGCGGUCUAACACCAGUCUUAUUCCUCUGUGCACAUUGAAUGUGUAUCUUAUUUGUGCAAUAAUCACCACAACCUUGAGCCAAAUCACCAUGAAGUCAUAUCUGUGCACUCUGAGGAAAGUUAAUCUGAUCAUAGCCAUUUCUAUGAUGCAAAAAAAAUAUAUAUGUAAAUAUUAUUUAUCCCAAAGUUGGUAGAGCUUGCUUCAGGGUAGCUUCCCAAGCCUCAAAGAGAGAUACAUCAUUUUACAGGAUUCUUUUUAUGUAUGCUUUUUCCUAAUCACUUUUACUUGAAUGGAGAGUAGAGGAUAUUGGGUUCUUUCCCUCACCAAAGGAUAGAUAUUGAUAUAUAUGUAUGUAUGUGUAUAUACAUAUAUAUGUAUAUAUAUGUAUGUAUAUGUACGUAUGUCUAUAGGUAUGUAUGUAUGUAUAGAUAUAUUUUCUACCUUUUCUCUUAAAAUGCAAAGCAGAUGUUCCAAAAGAAAAAAGACUAGGGAAAGAAUCCCAUGGAGCAAGACUAAAAAAUAUUUUUAUUGCUUAUUUUCUUAAAAUUCUUUAAGGCCUUAUUUACUGUUUACACCUGCACUCAGAAAAACUUGAGCCCAGUGUCUUUAACAUUUCUAUGAGCUAAUGAGCUACUCAUGUGAUUGUUUUAUUUUUUUUGUUGAAUCAUCCUCACUCAAGUGCAUUCAUGCGUUUCAGCGUCGACACCCAUGACCAUGACACGCUGUAACUAGGAUCUGUAUGUAUGAAGAUGCUAUGCCCAAAUGUAUCUGAUAUGCAGACAGCUUUAUUUAUUUUUUACUUUUGUGUUAAUGUAUCUUAAAGGCAGCUCCAAAUGUGUCCCGGUGAAAGGUGCGUAUUUUAACUGACUACUUACACGUCGUCUUCAGUGCAGCACUACUGACAGGCAUCAAAAAUGCAAAGAUGACGUAGUCCCUGAGAUUUGUUAAGCUUCACACACUGUUGUCGGGUUUUCUCAUAAUUCAUGUGUGAUCAUUCCAUAUCAACCUGCUUUUACUGUGCACUGUUUGUUUUUUAGUGUAUUGUCUGACUUCUCUGUGUGAGGUCACCCCCCCCCCCCCCCAAACAUCCUGCUCAUGUGUGUUAAUGCUCUGUUACUUUAUUGAGGUGAUUCAGGGCAUCAGUGUUCCUGGUUUGAAAGCUGAAUGUGACCAUUCCUACACAUGUUCAGCAAAGUGAUAACAACUCAACUCAAGCUCAGAGAUGCUUUUGUUGAUGUUUGUGGCAUUUGAGCAACUCAGCACAGUGAGCACACUGAGGUUUUGGGGUCUUUUACUGUACAUCCCUUUUGUGUGAUUCAUUCCAAUAUUGCUGUUUCUUUUCCAUAGAAAAUGGCUUGAAUAACAGCUCCAUUAUACAUUUCCUUUAAAUAAGUAGAAUAUAAUAUAAAAGGUGGAACACGUGACUAUGAUGUGGAUUUGCACUCUCCAGCAAUGUGCUCUGACAUGAAGACUUUCUUCUUGUCAAAGUUUCCUCUCAAUCCUCAAUUCCUCUCUUUUCUGUCUAUGGAGGCAAAAAAAAAAAUGUAAUUACAAACAGCAACGUGACUGUUCCUCUCAGCCAGGUUUCCCCCGACUGAAACUGAGGAAUUUAAGUCCUGGGAGAAAUUUUCCAGCUUACCUACCACAACUACCUGCAGACUGACCUGCAGUCACCACUGGAAACGUACUUAUCAGUUGCUUUUGCCCUUGGUAGUUGUGUUUGGGUUGAAGAUAAACCACUAGGAGGAGUUUGCAAAGCCAUGAUGUUUGUUGACCAUGCUGUUGGAAACUGCUGCAAAGAUUAAAUUACUUUCUUAGUAUGAAGAC